UGUCUUUGUUCAAUCUUAUCGAUUAGAGAAAUGCAGAGAUUGAGAUCUCAGCUACUGGCUAGGCCUCUCUUGGAGGAGAGCAGGCUGCGAGGGUAUUGCACGAGCUCCUCAUCCGAAAAGAUGGUAGCUUCGGUGCUUUUCGAGAGAUUGCGCGUUGUGAUACCAAAACCAGAUCCUUCUGUUUACGCUUUUCAGGAGUUCAAGUUCAAUUGGCAACAGCAGUUUCGCCGUAGAUACCCAGAUGAGUUCUUGGACAUUGCUAAGAACAGAGCCAAGGGAGAAUAUCAAAUGGACUAUGUGCCUGCUCCCAGAGUUACAGAGGCUGACAAGAAUAACGAUAAAAAGUCAUUAUAUAGAGCUCUGGACAAGAAGUUGUAUCUUCUCAUCUUCGGCAAGCCAUUUGGAGCUACUAGUGACAAACCUGUCUGGCAUUUCCCUGAGAAAGUCUAUGAUUCUGAGCCUACUCUUCGUAAGUGUGCGGAAUCUGCUUUGAAGUCAGUGUUAGGAGACCUAACUCACACAUACUUUGUUGGAAAUGCUCCAAUGGCUCACCUGGCUAUACAACCUACUGAAGAAACACCUGAUUUGCCUUCUUACAAGAGGUUCUUCUUCAAAUGCAGUGUAGUGGCAGCGUCUAAGUACAACAUAAGUAACUGCGAGGAUUUUCUGUGGGUAACCAAAGAUGAGCUUCUGGAGUUCUUCCCUGAGCAAGCUGACUUCUUCAACAAGAUGAUCAUUAGCUGAGGCUACUCUCUUUUUUCCUUCUGGCUCUCUUCAUGGAGAUAGAAAACAAUAAAACAUGAACUUUUAAGACAUACACAAGGUGUGUGAUGGUCACUGUAAUACCCCAUACCAAACCCAUGUCUCUGUUUUUUUAGUCGCACACACGUGUGAAGUUAGGUGACGGACAUUAGGUGGCAGUUUGAUCGCAAGUACAUAGUUGAGUGUGGUUGGAUUCUCU